AACAACAUAUUUUUCUUCGAAAUUAAUUCGUAGUACAGAGUAUACGAAAAUAUAGAUCCAUGUCUAAUCAUAUUCAGAUCAUUUCAUUUCUAUCAAUUCUCUGGUUUGUACUACUAUUGCUCACAAGUAGUUUUUCGGAUGCUAAAACGGUACCCUUAUUUUUCAUUUUCGGAGAUUCAUUAGUCGAUGUUGGAAACAACAAUUACCUUCACACCAUUGCAAAGGCUAAUGUCAAACCCUAUGGUAUUGAUUACACUCCAUCUGGUGGGAAACCAACUGGUCGAUUUUGUAAUGGCAAAACAUUUCUUGAUUUAACAGUUGAUGAAUUUGGAGGUGCUUGUUAUCCACCUCCGUCUUUGAGUCUCAGCCCAGAUGACGACGGCACAUUAUGUGGAGUGAACUACGCAUCAUCUGGAGGUGGAAUUCUGAACGAUACCGGUUCAUUAUUUUUAAAACGUAUAAGUAUGGAUGCACAGAUAGAUACCUAUGCCAACACCCGACAAAACAUGAUUACAAAUCUCGGCAGAGAAAAGGCAACAGAAUUGCUGAAGAAUGCUGUAUUUCCGAUUGUAGUUGGAUCCAUUGACUUCCUGGAUAACUUCUUAACACCUAUCAUUGGUACACGGGAGUACAUUCCUCAAGAUGUAUUUAUUGCACAAAUGCUUGAGAGGCACCACAGUCAAUUGACCAGGUUGCACAGUCUGGACGCGAGAUUUAUUAUCAUAUGGAAUGUGCCACCGAUCGGAUGUAUGCCGCUAGAGAGAAAAAUGAACCCAUGGUACGGAGGAAAAUGUGCAGACAGUGCAAAAGAAUUAGUAUCCGACUACAAUAAGAAGCUGAAAGAUAUGAUUAUCAAGCUCAGGCCAAACCUUAGUGAAGUAACCUUACUUUUCAUAGACACGUACUACGUAUUACAUGAUUUACUUCUCCACAUGAAUGACUAUGGUAUCGAGGUUGAAGAAGAAGGGUGUUGUACAAAUGUUGGCCCAGUGGUAGAGUUGUUCCCAUGCAAAGAGACGUCUACUUAUUGCGAAGAUCGAUCCAAAUAUGCAUUUUGGGAUGAAUAUCAUCCAUCUGAGUUUGUGAACAGGUUAAGCGUGAAGAGAUACAUGGAGGGUGAUGCAAGAGAUGUUCUACCGUUUAAUAUUCGAAGAGCUAUGAAACUACGUGGCUUCUGAAGAAAUAAAUUGCCUAGUACAUUUAGUUGACAGACCAUUUUGAGCUUUUUGUUUUGAAAGAAAAAGUUACUAGUUACUACAAGCCCGUCGAUUCUUGUAUCACACACACAUAAAGAUAUUCUCAGAGUGGUUGCUAGAUGUGGCACUUAGAACAGUCCCGCACAAGCUAUGCAUUACUCUCCAAAAUCUGUCUAAAGUAAUUUUUUUGAAUCGAAAUCAAUCAGCGUCUAAAUUAAUCUUCUUUGAAAA